AUGUCAGAAAGAAUCACCGACGACCAGGUCGCCGACCUUAUCGCGCUCCUGCGCACCGAUGUAUCCAUCGAUACCAAGGUCCAGCAGGUCACGGCUGUGAAAUCGAGCAUCAAGCAGCAGAUGGUCCCCGAAUCCUGUAUAGUACCGGUAUUCGAAGCUCUGCAUCUGGCCUCUAGCUCCCAACAUGCCCUCCUCGUCAACGCCGGCUUCACAGCGCUCAAUCACCUCUUCACCCGGCUGGUGAGGCAGGAUCCCAGGUCUCUGUCAAAAGAGGGCACUCGCGCACUGCCCCUGAUUACCGAAAAGCUGGGUGACCAGAAAGAAAAGUUCCGCCAGCUGGCUUCCCAAGCUUUGGUCACUCUCCACAAGGUGGCACCGGUCGAAGUUGAGCGCUCAGUGCGCAACGUCGCCAUGAUCGGCAAGAACGCGAGGGCAAAGGAGGCCAGUCUACAUUGGCUACUCCAGAUGCACCAGGAACACGGCCUCCAAUUCCGAGCCUACGUCCCCACCAUGAUGGACCUCCUCGAGGAUGCUGACGGCAUGGUGCGCGAUGUCGCCAAGUCGACCGUCAUCGAGCUGUUCAAGAACGCGCCUGGGCCCGCGAAGUCGGAUUUGAAAAAACAACUCAAGAACUUCAAGGUCCGCCCGGCCAUCGAACAGGCUAUCGUCAAAGAACUCAAUCCGACGAGCUCCGCCCCGACUUCGCAGACCGAUCGUCAAGAAGACGUCGCGCCUUCCCGCCCGACCCUUGCCGCGAGCGUGUCCUCUCUCGCCCACCGCCCAGUGACCCCCGGACUGCCAGACAACCCCCCAGCGGAGGCCGUCGAACCGUCCUACGUCAACACAUCGCGCGAACUCGAUGAGAUCUUCCGGGAUAUGCACGGCUACUUCGAGGGCAAGGAGACGGAGCAAAACUGGCUAAAGCGGGAGGAGAGUGUGACCAAGCUGCGGAGGCUUAUCGCUGGGAAUGCUGUGACCGACUUCCACGAUCAAUUUCUUGCGGAACUCCGGGCGCUUUUCGACGGCAUGAUCAAGGCUGUUGUUUCGCUCCGAACCAGCCUUUCCAAGGAGGGCUGCAGCUUGAUCCAGGAUAUUGCCAAGGCUUACGGCCCUGCGAUGGAUCCCAUGGUGGAAAUCCUCAUGCAGACCUUCAUCAAGCUUACCGCCUCAACCAAGAAGAUCGCCUCUGCUCAAGCCAACACCACGGUCGACACCAUCAUAUCCAAGGCUACUUAUAGUAACCGUAUCAUGCAACACGUCUGGGGCGCGUGCCAGGACAAAAACGUCCAGCCGCGGCUCUACGCUAGCGGCUGGCUGAGGACGCUACUAGCCAAGGAAGCUCACCACAAGAACCACGUGGAACACACGGGGGGCCUGGACCUGAUCGAGAAGUGCAUCAAGAAAGGGCUCGCGGAUCCCAAUCCUGGUGUGAGGGAGAAGAUGCGUGCGACAUACUGGAUGUUCGCGGGCGUCUGGCCUGCAAGAGCCGAGGCUAUCAUGAACGGACUCGACGCGACCGCUGCAAGGCUGCUGCAGAACGACCCGAACAACCCCAAAUCGCCUAAGAAACCGGAAGGGGGGGCGCGACCUGGCCUGGGUUUAUCGAAGAGCACAAUGGGUACCUCGAAGCCAAGUGUGCGGGAGGCUAUGAUGGCGCAAAAACGAGCCAUGACGACUAAAACUCUUCCAACCCGGCCGGGUUCAGCCAUGUCGCAUUUCUCGCCCGCCAAGUCCGUCUCGAACUCGUCGCAAAAGCCUCCGGCGGCCUCUACGGUACGCGCAAGACCAGAGUCGGCCAUGCUAGGCUCUACGGGGGGCAUCUCUGGUGCGCCUAUGAGGCCUGGGAGGAGAAAGGCCGAGAUGGCUCGGCCGGCAACGGCGGGGCCUUAUUCGUCCAGCCCUCCGAGCAGACCGAAACCGAAAGCCGUGACACCCAAGUCGAUAACCUCAUCACCAAAGCGGACGGUCCCUAAGACGGCCCGGCCGGUUACGGCUGAGCCUCAUCUCCCGACGCCUACCAGGGCGGGGACACCAAAGGCCAUCGAAUCGCCCCGGGCCACUCCAUCUAGAAGUGUGCAGCCGAUGGUUAUCCCGCCGUCAAGCAGCCCGUCCAAGAGACACGAAGAUUUUAGUCUAGUUGUGCCCAUGGUGACAAGUGACGCGUCGCCUCCACAAGAAGAGCAGCGGCUCGUAGAAUCCGUCGAGGAUGAAAUCGAAAUCGACCUAGGGCCGGUCGAGACGCCGUCUAAACUUCCUCAACCUUCUCUGGAUGCACCGGAUAGCCCGCCUCAGGCCGUUGCGGCUGCUCUUGAGGGGCCAAUUAUCAUGGCGACUCCGCCUCGGGACGUCGAGCCUGCUGCACCGUCCCCGCCCAGCGCCUCGCGUUCGUUGGAGGUUUACGAGGACCCGUUGACCCGGGAGCAGCAGGCAACACCGAAACCCAUCUUCGGGCCCGUUCUGGAAGACAGGUCAGUUAACGAAGACGCAGCGAUUCUGCAGCAAGCUGUGCGGCAACAACAGCAGCAGCAGCAAAACGGCGAGGCCAACGGAGCAGGCCCCUCCCCGGAGAAGGUCAAGCAAAACCUGCGCCUCCUAGACAGCGGCAUCUCCAAGGUCCAACAAAAGUCCCUCGACGUCCACGGCUUCCGCAAGCUGCAAGGCAUCAUCCGCGACAGCGACAUCAAGCCCGCCACUGGCGCCCCGCUCCUGACCGACGAUAAGUUCGACGCCCUGGUCACGGGCCUCUUUGACUUUCUCGAGUCGCCCCUGACCAACCUCGUGCCCGAGAAGACCCAGGACGUCAAAGCCCAGGUGCUCGCGACCAUCAAGCUCCUCCUCAAGCGCACGCGGACCUCCUUCCAGCCGCACGUCUCGCGCGGCCUCGAGAGCCUGCUGCGCGCCCGCGCGGCCUACGAGGGCCGCACCCACAUCGUCAGCGGGCUGGAGCUCUUAGCCGCCGACCUCGCCGACCUCGGCGACGCCAGCGAGAUCGUCCUCGUGCUCUGCCGCAUGCUGUCGGCGGCCAUGGACGUCGACGCCAACACCGACGUCGACGGCGCCCACCCCUCCACCCCCGCUCCCGCCCCCGCCACGGGCCGCUCCCUCAGCAUGGGCCUGCACGUGCUGCGCGAGAUGCUCGACGCCCGCGGCGCCGCCUUCGUGCCCAGCGACCCGGAGCUUGAUGCGCUUGCGUCCUUGGCCGGCCGCUGCCUCGAGAGCCUCGAGUCGGCUGUGCGCAUGGAUGCGGUGUUGCUGUGCGUCGCGCUGCAUGCGCGCGUGGGCGAUGCCCGCUUCUGGGAGGCGCUUAGGGGCGUCAAGGAGGAUCCGAAGAGCUUGAUUACGUAUUAUAUUGUUAAGCGGCAGAGGGAGGCUGGGAGUGGUGGUGCUGGUGCUGGUGUGGUUGGGCUGACUGCUUGA